CCACAAUCCAGGCAUGUGCCCUGACCAGGAAUUGAACCGUGACCGUGUUCAUAGGUCAAUGCUCAACCACUGAGCUUAGGCCAGUUCAUAAGUUUUAAAUUAUGUGCUGUUCUGAAUAGUGUGAUGAGAUUUCACGCCCACCUGCUCUCUCUAGUCUGGGACGUGAAUCAUCCUUUUUUUCAGCAUGUCUACACUGUAUGCUACCUGCCUGUUAGUCACUUAACUGUCUUGCUUAUCGGAUCAGCUGUUACAGUGCUUAUGUCCAAGUCACCCUUACUUUACUUAAUAAUAGCCUCAAAGUGCAAGCGUAGUGAUGCUGGCAAUUGUAUGGCCAAAGAGAAGCCAUACAAUUCUUCCUUUAAGUGAAAAUGUAUGUACUGUAAAGGAAAAAGUGUGUAUAGGGUUCUGUGUUUUUUUUAAUAGAGUUGUAUACUUUAUUAAUUUUUUUAGAAAUAGAAAUAUUCUGCUGUUAAAUGUUUUUAAAUUUUGUAGAACUUUGAAUCAGCAUUGUUAAAGCUGUAAGCUUAAUAUAUGGGAUAGCUAAGUCUAUAUUUGACUGUAAAGUAAAAUUCUGCCACUCUGACUGUAUUCCCUCAUCAUUUUCUACUAUAGACUUUGAGACUUAAUGUUCUUACUUAGACCACAGCAAAAGUCAAGUCUCCUUGGCCCAUUGUUCAUUUUACAGACUGGGUCCUGGGGCCUCAGAAUUUCUGCCAGACAUUUCAGCACUGCUUUAACUUCAGUGUGACUUACACAUGAAUGACUUUCAAAUGAAAUUUCAAAAUUCCUUAGAAGUGCUUGCUCAAAGGAUGCGUAAUGCUUUUUUAAAAUAAUCCUCACCCAAGGAGUGAGGAUAUUUUUUCCACUGAUUCUAGAGAGAGUGGAAGGGAGGGAGGCAGGGAGAGAGGGAGAAAUGAGGUGACAGAGACACAUCGAUUAGUUGCCUCCGACACACGCAGCUACUGGCAGUGGGGAUUAAACCUGCAACCCAGGUACAUGCCCUUGACCAGGAAUCAAACCUGAGCUCCCCCCUCUCCUUGUGCAGGCGAGGCUUUAACCACUGAGCCACACCCACCGGGACAGGUGCAUAAUGCUAUUUUAAUUAGUUUCUUUGGUGUGAAAACAAUGUUGGACUGUAAUAGGAUACAAGUAUACAGCAUUUGAACAAACAGAAGUUAAGAGUUGGUAUGAAAUAAUUUGAAGUAGCUUAUCAGUUAUUGCAUCAAAUGCUUCUUUAAUGUCUGAUUUAUACAUGGCCUCUCUUAUAUACCAUGUGAGUUUUAUAGAAAGAUACAGAUAUUACUUAAGAAUGACCUGCUCUUGAUAUCUAAAAACCUAUAAUGUGAUCUUUAUGGAAUUUUCAACCAUAACUAUCAGAAAAUGGGUUGCAGAGGUGACAGAUGAGCCCUGAUAAUUUUUGUAAUGGGUUGAACAAAACUGUUUGGCCAAUUAUUGUAUUUGUACAUUAUUUAAAAUUUAUGAAGUAAAUCUUAAUAUGCUUGAAAAACAUUUUCCCCCGAUUCUACCUUGGACUAGAUAAUGAAAAAUUUUCUUUUCUCCAGCAAUAUGGAAAAGUAUGUCACCUGUUUCCUGGUUAUUGAAAUAAAUUCUGUUAAGAUUAGUGCCAAAUAUGUUAGAUGACCAACCAGCUAUUUGGUGAUUUGUUCUGUGGCUUCCAGACCUUCAUGUUCUCAGCCCAAGGGGCCCAGUAUAGCUGAGCAGAGGGAGUGAAAGGAUGUCAGGCGGUGUGUCAUCAUGCCAGUUAAAAAUAACUAUGUUAUUAGGUUUGUAUAUUUGAAGACUAUAAUAACUGAAACUAGGAAGUAUUAGAGUAAAUUGCUUCACAAUUGAUUAACUAGAAAAUACGUUCUUUGUUACUUAUAUAUCACUACAGGCCCAGUGCAUGAAAUUCAUGCACAGGUAGGGUCCCUGCCGGCUGCUGGCUUGGGCCUUCCUUCAUUCUGUGCCGCCCCCUGGUGGUCAGCGCACGUCAUAGCGAGUGAUCAUACUCCUGGAUUUUAUGAAAAUGGAAAAUUAUGAGGCAUUUGUAGGCUUUGAUCUCUGUCAGAUGCCACUUUCCAGUGUUGCUCAGAAGAUUAUGUCUGCUAUGCAUUCAGGUGAUUUAGUGGAGUCUAAGAAUUGGAGAGAGAGUGAAAAGACUGCAGAAGUGGUAAACAAACCCAGUGUUAAGUAUUCAGUACUACCUGAAGAUGGGAAGAAUCAAGCACUAGAAAAAAUGGAUCUUAAUUCUUUCACAAGCCAGACACCAAGUGCUUCCCUCAGACUCUCUCAGUCCUCCAGUAUCAGACUCACAGAUCAGCUGUUUACUGAGCAAAGACAGAACAUCAGCUCACAGGCUCCUUCCAGCUGUCCAACUCCACAGUGUAACCAAGCGGCUUCAGUUCUACAGGAGAAGGAACAUAAAAGAAAACACUUCCUAAAACAAUAUAUAAAUAAUGAAAAUAAAGAAAGCAUGAAUCUUAAAAGAAAACAUAUUACGUGUCAUAAUUCACCAGAGAAAACGAGUAAACAUAUGGCAUUGAAAGAAGAUGCUGAGGAGGCGGAAGCCGCCCUGAAUUCCGGGAACUCAGGGGCAUUCAGAAACCAGUUCUGUGACAUCAGGCAUUUGGAUGAUUUGGAGAAAAGCCAGCUGAUUGAAAUGCUCAGACAGGCAGUAUCCCUGGUGGUAACUCUGAUGUACAAGGAUGGUUCAACCCAGCUAAGAGCUGACCAGGCUCUAGUUUCCUCUGUGAAAGGAAUUGUGAUGUUGCUACAGAGCCACGCAGAAGGCUGCGGUCCUGCGGCUGCCUCAGCCCCUGGCCGUGUUCUGGAGGCAGGAGUCAGACCCAGCGAUCGGUGCAUCUACAUAGAAACGGUGCAGUCUGCUGUUUGCAGCCAAGAACAAGAAGCACAGAAUCAAUUUGCCAGGAACGUGCUGUUUCAGAUCCUGAAAUGUACCUGCCCUGUGAUUUGUUUCAAUGCUAAGGAUUUUGUGAGAACCGUGCUGCAGUAUUUGGGUGAUGAUGGCAGUUGGAAGCACGUUGCGGACUUUGUCGGGCUGGACCCUAGGAUUGCGGCUUGGCUCAUAGAUCCUCGUGAGGCCGCACCCUCUUUUGAGGAUUUAGUGGCGAAAUCCUUCGGAAACGCCAUCACGGUAAAAGUGAGCUGCACGUAUGGGAAUUCCUCAAGAAAUACUGUGAAUCAGAAUGUAUGUGCGAACCUGAGGGUCCUCCACAGGCUUACGAUGGACCUCUGUUCCCAGCUGAAGGCUUACGGUUUAUGGCAGCUGUUUUGUACCUUGGAGCUUCCUCUGAUACCCAUUUUGGCAGUGAUGGAAAGCCACAGCAUUCGGGUGGACAAGGAAGCCUUGGAGAGGACCUCCGCGCUCCUCGGGUCUCGUCUCAAGGAAUUGGAGCAGGAAGCCCACUUCGUGGCAGGAGAGCAGUUCCUCAUAACCAGCAGCGAUCAGCUUCGAGAGUUAACUGCUCUGCAAGCCCUCCAUCCAUUACCCAAGAUCAUUUUGGAAUACAGGCAGGUUCACAAGAUCAAGUCAACCUUUGUGGACGGGCUGCUCGCCUGCGUGAAAGAGGGCGCCAUCUCCUCCACGUGGAACCAGACGGGGACAGUGACCGGAAGGCUCUCCGCCAAGCACCCGAAUAUCCAAGGCAUCUCCAAGCACCCAGUUCAGAUUACUAAGCCUCGGAACUAUAAAGGGAAGGAAGAGGCCGCCCUCACCAUCUCCCCGAGGACCAUGCUGGUCUCCGCCAGGGGCCACACCUUCCUAGCGGCAGACUUUGCGCAGAUUGAGUUGCGCAUUCUUGCACACUUAUCUGGGGACCCAGAGCUUCUGAAGCUAUUCCAGGAACCUGAGAGCGACGACGUCUUUUCCACCCUGACUUCACAGUGGAAGGACAUCCCCGCAGAGCGUGUGACGCACACAGACAGGGAGCAGACCAAGAGGGUGGUGUACGCCGUGGUGUACGGAGCAGGUAGGCGCGCUCGCUCGUGGCUGCGUUCACCCGUGGCCCUGCCCUCGAGGAAUCCUCUCCAGCCCACGGCCGAGUUAGUGAGUCCCCCUGGUCCUCACACACACACUCCAGCCACAGCUCCCUCGGUGCUACGCCAGCCUUUCAGACGAGGGAACAGGCCCGGAA